AUGGCCACAGCUGCUCCUCCUGUGUCAUUUUCCUCUACUAAAGAGACAGCCAAUUAUGCAAGACUUUGUCAUCUUUUGGUUGAAGUGGGAUCUUGUGUGCUACGGAACACAUUUGACAAGAUUAAUCCCCCAAGUGACCUUCACAAACACUUGAAGACACAUCGUGCCACACUACAGCAACUUCGAAGGAAAAAAAUUUUAAAUCCAACACAAUGGGGAAAGUUAUACCCUGCAAUACGUACCUCAGUAUCAUCAAAAAACUUUGACAUAACUCUUCUGACAGUCCUACUAAGGAACAUUUGUAGCCUAAGUCGACCAGCCACUGGAUGGGAUGCACUUCCCCCUGCCACAGAUACAAGCACAGAGGCUGACAUUGUGUGA